AUGAGCUAUGAGUUCGCCUUGAUUCGGUACAAUUAUAAGGCUCUCAAUGUGGCUAACACACUUCCAGAAGAAGAAAUUGCAGACUACAACAGAGGAGAGGGAAAAAAAGGAGAUGGGGAAUUAGAUUCUUUGUCUUGUAUAGAAUCUUUUUCUUGCUCUUCUCAGACUUUGUUUUACGUGGGGAUACAAUAUAGCUCACCAACUCUGGCUUCUGCCAUAGUUGAUCUUGUUCCAGCUUUCACUUUCAUAGUUGCUGUCAUUCUUGGGAUGGAAAGGCUAGUGUUGAGAGCUAAGAGCAGUCUAGCAAAGUCUGUUGGAACGAUAAUACUAAUAACAGGAGCAUUUGUGAUGACUUUUUACAAAGGUCCAGCAAUUUUUUCUCAUGAAUCAGUAGUUCAUAAUAGAAAUAUUGGUCAGCCUCUUUUGUCAACACAAUCAAAUUGGAUAAUUGGCAGCUCACUCCUUACUACUGCUAGCUUCUUGGUUAGUCUGCUUUACAUAGUUCAGGCAUGGAUAAUGAAGGACUAUCCGCAGGAGUUGAUGGUAACUGUAAUUGCUUGUGGUUUUGUGACUAUUUUGUCAUUUGUGGUUGCUUUAAUAGCAGAAAAGGAUCCAAAUGCUUGGAAAAUUAGACCAGAUUUAAAGUUAAUCCAAAUAGCAGAAAAGGAUUCAAAUGACUAUUUUGUCAUUUGUGGUGACUAUUUUGUCAUUUGUGGUUGCUUUAAUAGCAGAUUUAAAGUUGGACAAUAAUGAUACACAUUGGCGAAGUAAUAAUUAGUUGAUAGAACUCAUGUCUCGGUUUUUGAGAUUGAUGAUACUCCUUUAUGAAAGCUCAUAAGUUUUCAUGUGUAAACUCGGCCGGUGGAUUUUAUAUCCGAUACAUGAAAUAAGUUAAGCGAAAGUCUAAAGC